GUCGUACAGGGACAAGGUACUCCCAAACCUUGUGGCCGGGCAGCCAUUUCCUGACCCAAACACUGUGGAGGGUCCUUCGGAAAAUUAUAAGCGUGUGCUCAUAAUGACCGGUGUGGAGGCUGCUAUGGCAAAUGUGGUCCUUCCUCAGGUGGCUGUGGAAAAUGUAGAUGAGCCGGAUGUUGCUCCAUUGCCUGAACCUGAAGAUGCAGUAAAUCAACCUGCUGCUCCCCUCAUGUUACCUGCACCUCAAGAUGCAGUGAAUGCAGCUGCACCCCUUGUGUUGCCUGCACCUCAAGAUGCAGUGAAUGCAGCUGCACCCCACGUGUUGCCUGCACCCCUUGUGUUGCCUGCACCUCAAGAUGCAGUGAAUGCAGCUGCACCCAUCGUGUUGCCUGCACCCCUUGUGUUGCCUGCACCUCAAGAGGCAGUGAAUGCAGCUGCACCCCUCGUGUUGCCUGUUGCUGUUGAAUUUGAUGCACCCCUGGAGUUUCUUGUGGAUGGCAAUGAUAUUGGGCAUUGGUCGCCCCUUAAUGAUGACCAGUGGAUUGGAGCGUCCCUGUUUGUGAAAGAGGAGGCAGAGAAGGACCUACUCGGUGCUGCAGCUCUGCCGCGUUUGAAGCAGGAGGUGAAAGGAGAGGCCAGUGAAAUAAUAUAUCUCACAGAUUCUGAUGAUGACUCCAAGCAGCAGACUUAUGCCGCAGUGAAACAAGAGGACAGUGAUGAUGUUGUCACCUUAAGUGAUAGUCCUUAUCAACUGAUGUACCAUACUCCUCCCAGAUCCUCUGGGCUAACACCGGCAGCGAAGCGCAGGCUGCAAAGGAAUGCUGUAGUCUCCCCGAUGCAAUAUGAGACUCAGCCUGAGCCUGAUGCCGACACGGAUGAUUUAAAGGCCCUUAUCCGAGCCAACACCCUUGUUAUGAGAGAACUUAUUGGUUUAGUACGUAAUCUAAAGAUGACUCGUUAAAAAGGUUUGCAGUUUGCAAUUUUUUUUCUAUCAGCACACACUUAUAGAGAUGACAUCUACAAGUGCAGCUGCUGAUGGGUUUUGUGUUCUUAUGCAACUUAUUGAUGUAAGGUUGUCAUACUUUAUUUUUUAUUGACCUUAGAAACAGUUACUGUUUAAUCAUUGACGAAAGGUUUAUUUUUUGUGGCAAUUUUGAAUAAUUUUUGAAUCUUAUUGAGGACUGAUUACAUUUACUUAAAAUAUGUUGUUACUAGGUAUAAUGUCAAUCAUUGCAUUGUUUUGACCAUAUCUUAUCCUUUUUUAGUCUUGAAUUUGCUGCUACUUUUAUUCUAUUUAUAGAUAGUUGCUCGUACUGUUGUCAACUUGACUGAAUUCUUACCUUUCUGUUCCUCUUUUGAAUUUGUGAUUAUGAUUGAGACUGAUUAAAAAGCACAUCAUUCAAGAACUGAUAAAAUUCUUAUUAGACAUCCUCACCCUUGAUGUACAUUUGACAAUGAGUCCUGCUGCUUGCUGAAGAGGUCAGAGAACUUACUUUCACAUAAGAGAUUCCGACAUGAUUGCAUUGUCUGUCAUUAAAGUACAAGUAAUAAAAAAUUAAAGUAAAGAAAAAAGAAAAUUUAACAUU